AUGAUCAGAAACACCGGUGCCCGCUAUGCCCCGUUGCUCGCCCGCCCCGUGACCCGUCGUCCUCAGCAAUGGUUCCACUCCACCCCUGAUACUAAGUCUACCGUUGGCGUGCAAAACACCAUCGCCCUGCUGGCGGUGAAGCCCGCGGCCAAGCCCCAGAACCCCGGUGCUUACCUUAAGGACUUUACUCCUUCAGAAUUGAUGCUGUACUUCUGUAUCGGCAUGGCCACCUUGAACAAGCCCAUCCUCAACAUGUGCAUCAAGGCGUUCCCCUACGUGCCUAUGUGGAUGAUCAAGACGUUUGUCUACAAGAUCUACUGCGGUGGUGAGACCAUCGAGGAAGUUAAGGCCACCGGUGAGCGUUUGGCCACCCAAAGAGGUAUCAACAACAUGAUGAUCUCGUUGACCAUCGAAGCCUGUGAUGGUAACGACAACGUCGACCCUGAAUACAUUGUCAAGGAGACUGCUCGUUCCGUGCACGAGAUUCUCGUCCCCCACACCGCUAAGAUGAUUGAGACUACUGGUAAAGACAUCAACCUGAUCCCCCCCGGUUACGUGGCGUUGAAGCCUACUGGUUUCGCCCACGACGCUGCUAACGUGUUGAGAUACUACAACACUACCAAGAAGGCUGAAUUCGAAGACCUUGUCGCCAAGGCGCUGACUGUCGUCGCCGCCAUCUCGGAAGCCAACGCCAAGUUGCACCAACAAUAUCCUGACCGUGUGGCUCCUUUCGUCGUUGCUGUCGUUGACGCUGAAAAGCAUGAGCUCCAAGAAGGGGUCUACGAAUUGCAAAGACGCUUGUACCAACAAUACAACCCGUUGAACCUGCCCGCGCAAGUGGUGGGCACGUUGCAAAUGUACUUGAGCGAACUGGCGGAGCUUUUGGCCAAGGAAGAAAAGCUUGCCAAGCAAGGCAACUACCGGUUGGGGCUCAAGCUCGUCAGAGGCGCCUACAUCCACUCGGAAAAGCAGCGUGACACCAUCAUCCACGCCACCAAGGAAGACACCGACGCCAACUACAACCAAGGUAUCCUGUACUGCAUCGACCAGAUCAUGAGCCAGCUGGCCAAGGACAAGAACACCGCCACCAUCGGCCACCUCGUCGUCGCCUCGCAUAACGGCGACUCGCUCAAGCUCGCGUCGCAAAAGUUGUUUGGUGACGAAGCCAGCCGCAACAACAUCUACAAGGCCAACGUCGUCUUGGGCCAAUUGUUGGGUAUGGCGGACAACAUCACCUACUCGUUGACCAAGAACUACGGUGUCGACAACGUCAUCAAGUACGUCCCCUGGGGUCCUCCUUUGGAAACCAAGGAGUACUUGUUGAGAAGAAUGGAGGAGAACGGCGACGCUGUGCGCUCCGACAACGGGUUCCCGUUGGUGAAGGCGGUGUGCCGUGAAGCGUGGAGACGGGUUUUUGCAUAG